AUGCUCGUAAUCGCAGACCUUCUUGCUAAUACUAUCUCUGCUGAACGAGAACUUCGUGAAGAUGCUCAAAAUCAACUUCAACAGGCAGAGCAAACCAACUAUCCGGCGUAUAUUGCAAUGCUCCUUCAAGAGCUUGUUAAGGAACAAGAAACUUCUGUAGUUAAACCAGCUGCUGGAUUAGCUAUAAAAAACUCUUUAGUAUCAAAUGAUCCUGUAAGAAAGAAUGAAUUAGCUCAAAGAUGGUUGUCAAUAGAUGAAGAAACAAGGAUACAAUUUAAACAGAUGUCAUUACAAGCAUUGACCCUUACCGAUAGUAAUAUUGCUGCACAGGUGGUUUCAGCUAUUGCUACUAUUGAACUGCCAGUUGGGCAAUGGGGAGAUUUAAUGAAGCAAUUAUUGGAAUAUGUCACCAAUACUGACAACACUCAAUUGAAAAUGUCAACAUUAGCUACUAUAGCUACUCAAUCUGGUGCAAUUCUUACUGCUGUUGUUUCUGGUGCAAGAAAAGAAGAGCCAAAUCAAGAUGUUCGUAAGGCUGCAAUAAAUGCCCUUUAUAAUUCGCUAGAAUUUAUCCGAGAGAAUUUUGAAAGAGAGGGAGAACGUAAUUAUAUUAUGCAAGUUGUAUGUGAGGCAACACAAAGUUCUGAUGUAAAUGUACAGGUUGCAGCUUUUGAAUGUUUAGUUAGAAUUAUGCAGAUAUAUUAUGAUAAAAUGAGAUUUUAUAUGGAAAAAGCAUUAUUUGGUUUGACUGUUCUUGGUAUGAAGCAUGAUGAUGAGAGAGUUGCUUUGCAAGCUGUAGAAUUUUGGUCAACAGUUUGUGAUGAAGAGAUCGAAUUAACUAAUGAAGCAAUAGAGGCAGAAGAAACGGGUGAACCAUUAGAUCGUUUGAGUCAUAAUUUUGCAAAAGCAGCAUUACCAGAAAUAUUGCCAGUUUUACUUUGGCUUCUCACCAAACAAGAAGAAGCUGAUGAGGAUGAUUGGAGUGUUGCAAUGGCUUCAGGAACUUGUUUAGCAUUAUUAGCUCAAUGUGUUGAAGAUUCUAUUGUUGCGCCGGUGAUUCCAUUUGUAGAAACUAAUAUUCGUAGUAAUGAAUGGAGAUAUCGUGAAGCAGCUGUUAUGGCAUUCGGCUCUAUUUUGGAGGGACCUGAUCAUAAAAUGCUUUCCACUCUGGUCAACCAAGCACUACCUGUUUUGAUUGAAAUGAUGCGUGAUCCAUCACCUCAAGUUAAAGAUACUACAGCUUGGACUCUUGGACGUGUUUCUGAACUGUUGAUUGAUUGUAUUAAACCCGACAUUCAUCUCAAUCCUCUUAUUUCUUCUUUAGUCCACGGCUUAAAUGAUUCUUCACGUAUUGUUGCUAACUGCUGUUGGGCAUUAAUGAGUUUAUCUGAUCAAUAUGGAAGUAAAGAUACACCUCCGCCAUCAUAUCAAUUAUCAAGUUACUUUGAAGGCCUUAUAGCUGCUCUCAUGGAAGCUACUGAAAGAACUUCUGCUUAUGAAUGUAUUUCUACUUUGGUACAAGGAGCUGCAUCGGAUUGUUUCCCAACAAUUCAAAAAUUAACUGUGACCACACUUGAUCGUCUUGAUGCAACAUUUCAAGCACAGAUUGUAGGACAGGAUGAACGACUUGCACUUUCAGAGCUUCAAUCUAAUCUUUGUAGUGUUUUGACAAGCAUACUUCGUAAACUUAAAACUGAAAUUCGUACAUUUGCCGACAGAAUCAUGUCAACCUUAUUAUCAUUGUUUUCUACUACAUCAAAACAAUCUACAACAAUAGAGGACGGUUUCUUGGCUGUUGGUGCCGUGACUCUUGCCGUUGAGAAUGAGUUUGUACGUUAUAUGGAAGUAUUUACUCCAUACCUUUGUGCUGCUCUACAAAAUCACGAAGAUGUUCAAGUCUGUUCAAUCGCAGUUGGUCUUAUUGGUGAUAUUUGUCGAGCUCUUGGGGAAGAUGCCUUACCUUAUUGUGACACCUUUAUGAAUGCUCUAUUACAAAAUCUUCAAACUCCAGCUUUACAUAGAAAUGUUAAACCAGUAAUCUUGUCUUGUUUUGGCGAUGUUGCACUUUCCAUAGGUAGUAAAUUCGAAGUGUAUUUGGAAGUGGUAAUGAUGGUCCUUGGACAAGCUAGUACUAUGAGAGCAUCUGAUAUGAAUAAUUAUGAUAUGAUAGAUUAUGUAAUAACAUUGAGGGAAUGUAUAUUGGAAGCAUAUGUUGGUAUCGUACAAGGAUUAAAAGCCGAAAAAGCUGAUUUAAUUCUACGAUAUAUUGAUCAAAUAUUUAAUUUUAUUACAAUGACUUGGAGUGAUGGCGAAAGAAGCGAUUCCAUUACUCGGAAUAUGAUAGGACUUAUAGGAGAUUUAGCAGAAACCUUCCAAAAUGGUCAGAUUAAACAAUAUUUCCAAAAUGAUUAUAUCGCAGCAAUAUUGAAAGAGGGAAGAAACAAUAGAUCCCUACCUCCAGAGAAUAAUUGA